GUGCCGCGGCGCGGGAGGCGGUGCGGGAGGCGGCGCGCUCCUGCGCACGGGCCGGGGCGGCCGGGGCACGGCGGCGGCGGCGGCAGCGGGAGCUGGCACCGGCACCGGCACCGGCACCGGCACCGCCACGGGCCCGGAAUGAGCUGUGCCCCCGCCAGCGCCGACGCCUCCGCCUGACCCCCGCCCUGCCCCUGCCACCAUGCUCAUCAAGGAGUACCGCAUCUGCAUGCCGCUCACCACCGAGGAGUACCGCGUGGGGCAGCUCUACACCAUCAGCAAGCACAGCCACCAGGAGAGCGAGAAGGGCGAGGGCGUGGAGGUGGUGAAGAACGAGCCCCACGAGGACCCCGUCCACGGCCCCGGCCAGUUCACCGAGAAGCGCGUCCACCUCUCCAGCAAACUGCCGAGCUGGGCACGGGCAGUAACCCCCCGCAUCUUCUACGUCACGGAGAAAGCCUGGAACUACUACCCCUACACCAUCACUGAGUACACGUGCUCCUUCCUGCCCAAGUUCUCCAUCUACAUCGAGACCAAGUACGAGGACAACUGCGGGGACAGUGAGAACAUCUUCCGCAGCGAUAAAAUCCUGGGCGACCACGAGGUCUCCUUCCUGGACAUCGCCUUUGACGAGAUCCCCGAGCGUUACUACCGCAGCCUGGAGGACCCCCGUUUCUUUAGCUCAGCCAAGACGGGCCGGGGGCCGCUGCGGGAGGGCUGGCGCCAGCACACCAAGCCCAUCAUGUGCUCCUACAAACUGGUGAGCGUCAAGUUCGAGGUGUGGGGGCUGCAGACGCGCGUGGAGCAGUUCGUCCACAAGGUGAUCCGGGACAUCCUGCUGAUCGGGCACCGGCAGGCUUUCGCCUGGGUGGACGAGUGGUGUGGGAUGACGAUGGAGGAGGUGCGGCGCUACGAGCGGGAGACGCAGGAGGCCACCAACGAGCUCAUCGGCCUGGUGGCACCCACCAUCUCUGUCAGCGAGGUGGGGCAGCCCACGACCACGCACUCGGCCCCCGCCAGCGCCCCCUCCACCCCCCUCAGCGACGAAGCCCCCGAUUUCCUCGCUCCCCCCAAGACUCGCCCCCGCAAGAAGUCAGCGCCGGAGACCCUGACGCUGCCCGCGCUGCGGGAACGCGCUGGCGCCGAGUGACGCCAGCAGUGCCGUACCGUGCCACCUCCCCGGCCAGACCGUGCCAGCCCUGCCGCCUGCCAUGGCCCCUCCGACAGGCGCCGACCCCAGGGAGGGACCCACCACUGGGGCGCGGGGAGCCCCGGGGGGUGUCCCCAAGCUACUGCAGGUGCCCACACAGGACAUUGCCACCAUCGCCAUGCUGGACCACCUGGCUGCGCAGGGAUGGGACGCCAGGCUGGCAUCGGGCGAUGCCGCAGGCACUGGGUUGCUCAGCGCCGCCUGCCCUGGUUGCUGCAGGGGCUGGCGAGUAGUGGGGCUGUGGCAACCAGUGCCCAGGUGCCGGUGCCGGUGCUGAGCUCGGCGGGGCUCGGUGAGCGAUGCUGGAGCACCACCCUGCAGGGUAGGCACCAGCGCAGGGGCACAGCGCGUGUGACAGUGACAGCUGGGUGCCCGGGUGGGGGGGUCACCGCAGGACCCUGGGGCCACGCAGCCCUGUGCACGGCAGGUCCUGCAGUGGCGGGGUCCCCUUUGCCAUCCUUUGGGGGGGCCCUGGCUGCCCCAGGGGGGCUGGGGCAGGCUCAGCUCUCUGUUUUCUUUGGGAAAACAAAGGCCUUUUCAGAAAUAAAAGCUCGAG